CUAGCGACGGGGGGACUCUGAACGGGUACGGCGCCGGGACGAGGCAGUGCCCCGCUGCUGCUGUUGCUGCUGCUGGAAGAUGGUGCUGAAGAGAUUCAUUGCUGCAAUCAGCAAACCAGCCCACGCCGCAGCAGGGGCCUGAAGGAACAUGCAAGUACACGGUGAGAGAUUUGAAGUGUCUGUGAGUGCCCUGCCCACCGGGGCUGCAUUGGUGUUCUGGUUGGUCUGCUGAUAGGUGUUCUGAUUGGCCGUCUGGUCGGUGUUGUCCUGCUGGCCAGCUCCUGUGGCGGGCGCAGGGGGUGGCGGAGGCGGUUGCUGCAUCAUUGACAUGAGCAGCUGCGCCACACAAUGCCAAAGAACACACCAUCGGCCAGCCUUCGCAUCCACCGAGUGCAUGCGCAUGAGCGUACCUGCAUCAUGGGCUGCAUCAUCGGGUUGGCGCCACCCGGGGAGCCAGACGAGCAGCCAGACGACCGACGAGACCUGCGGGACGAUGCAGCCUGACAGCCACACACAACAGACAGCAGCACCAACCAUCAAUGCAUUGAAUGCGGCCUCCCCCUCCCCUCGUACCGUGCUGUCGUCCGAUUCGUUGCCGUCAUCAUCACUUCCACCCGAGUCAGCAGCCGACCGCGCCCGACUCGACGAGGCCUUUCGCAGCUUGGGGCAUGCAGACGAAUAGUGAUCAGAGUCCUGCACACACACAAACACACAGAGAGGCGGUUCUGUCGCAUCAUCGGCCUUGGUUCAUGUUGGCACAGGACCGCGUCGCCGCAGGUCUUGCAGUAGUGCUUGCCCGUCUUCUGGCAGUUGGGGUGAGUGCAGGAAGGGAUCCUGCAGCCGCCGGAGCGACUCGGAGCCUGACAGACAGAGAAGGACGCAUAUCAAGCAGCGAAGAAGGAUGUGUCCAGGAUGCGCGAGCUGUCCGUCAUGAGCCAAUCUUCCACACCUGCGACAUUCGACGAUGCCGCCGCCUGCCAGGCACC